CUAUAAAUUUUCGUCACCUUACUUGAAGAGGAUCUGUUCUACAUGUCCUUAAUUACCUCUGUAUCCUUUUCCUUAUCUCCUCCCAUUUGCCUUUGCACUUAGAGAGAGAUGGCAGCAAUAUCAGCAUCAACAUGCACUGGUAGUGGGAGUGGCAAGAACUCGUGGCCGGAGCUGGUGGGAGUAAACGGAGAAGCGGCAGCAGCAACAAUUGUGAGAGAAAAUCCAAAGGUUGCUGGCACGUUCAUAGUGAAGGAAGAAAUGAUGGUGACCAUGGAUUUUCGUAGCGAUAGGGUCCGGGUUUGGGUUGAUCAAAAUGGAACUGUGACGCAAACUCCUCAAAUUGGUUAGCAUGCACCAGGAAUUUAUCGCUUUUUUUUUGACGUAUUAAAGGAAAAAUGUACCGUGAAUUAGACACAAUUAUCUUCAUGAAUUCAGUCUGAAUUUUCAGCAGUCAAA